GAAAUGGUUCAUACCCCAACCAGUUUCAUUUCUACCACUAUCCCACUUUCUGCCCAACGUUGAGCGACUUGUAGGCUAUGAGUAGCGUCAGCCACCACCUACUUUCAGGUGCCGUGUCUGGUUUUGCCUCGAGCAUUUGUCUGCAACCGUUCGACUUGUUGAAAACGCGCAUGCAACAAGAAGAGCAUAAUAUUCUGCGAGCCCGUAACACGACAAUCUUUGGCGUCGCACGCGAGAUCAUACACACGCAAGGUCCAUUAGGUUUAUGGCGCGGUACAAACGCGACAAUAAUACGAAAUGUCCCAGGCGUUGCAUUAUACUUCACGGGUUUGACCAAAAUUCGGACUCUCAUGGCUUCUUCGCCACAUUUCUCCGUUGCUCAGCGAAAACAAACAAACAGCAGUUCAGUAUUGCCGAAGCUCUCAAGUCAGGGUAAUCUGAUAGCUGGUGCUCUGGCUCGGAGUACUGUUGGGUUCAUUCUGAACCCAUUCACGAUUCUUAAAGCUCGAUAUGAGAGUAAUCUCCACUCAUACAGCAGUCUAUCAAGUGCCUUCACGUCGCUAGUACGUGCAGGGCCUUCAGAGAUGUUCCGCGGAUUUGUUCCGUCUGCAUUACGCGAUGCUCCAUAUGCUGGUCUCUUUGUGGUCUUUUACGAAUCCAUCAAACAAGAAUCAGCACGAUAUAUACCCCAGGAUUCAGCUAUUGCAUCGACAGGCCUGCAUAGCUUCGCAGCGGCAAGCGCAGGGGCGAUAGCGACUAUGGUGACGCAUCCGUUUGAUGUUGUUAAAACCAAAAUGCAGGUGCGGACGGAGAAAAAAUACCACUCCCUACUUCAGACAGUCGCAAGUAUAUUGCGACAGCGUGGGCCGUUAGGCUUCUUCGAUGGUGCUACAUUACGAAUGACCCGCAAAGUCCUCAGUUCAGCUAUUGGUUGGGCUGUCUAUGAAGGCAUGCUUAUCUUCAUGCGGACACCUCAAGCACAGGACUAGUAUUCAUACACUUGAGCUAUUGAGGGCGUAGCGAUGGAGGUAAUGAGUAACGGAUGCUGGGUAAUGGCUAAUACCUUAUAACUAGGACUCUUGCUUUCGGACUCGUUUUUAUAAUAAUACCCACGUCUCUACGAG